AUGCGGAGUUUCCAGCAGCUUCCUGGGGGCGACUCCUUCGAUGAUGGCAUGCAAGCUUGCCAGGUGCCGCAGGCAUUGAACCUGCAGUCAUCCCCAAGCAUGCCGAUGACGAUCCUGGGUGGCCAGGCUUCCUUCAUGUCAAGCCCCGGAGGCUACACAUCAGGGCUUGGUCUCCAGCUUCCGCCGAACCCGCAGCCCCAAUUCGGCAAUUUUGCCCAAGCUUUGCCACUGUCACAAAACAUGGGCCCCUCCCAGAUGCCACAAAGGCCUGAAGCUCCUGAGAGGGGCUCUCAGUGUGGGGCACCCGGUGCCGGAGUGAUGCCGAAUAUGGGUGUGAUGACCCCGGUGUGGAACCCGGACGGCUCCGGGCAGCCCGUGGGUGGCUUGGGAAUCAUGUCAGGAAUGUCGGGCGGGGUCUCUUCUCAGAGCCAAUCAGACAACCUGCGACUCUCAGGGCUUCCAGUUAGCCAGAUGGCCGAAGGUCAGGUCACGCAAGGCUUCAACAACUCCUCACAGAUGCAGCAGAUGGCGAUUUUGGGUGGCAUGCCUGCACAGUCGCAGCCUGGACAGUUGUUAGGGGCCUUCUGUGCCCAGCUUCUGGGUGGGACUUUGCCUGCACCAGCGGGCGAAGGCCCUGUGAGGCCCCAACCCGGCAAUCCGCCCGGGAGCUCCUUCCACAAGCUCCCGGACUUCCAGGACCCGGUUCGCCAGCCCUGGAUGCAGGACUUGGGCAGGGAGCCCUUGGAGCCACCACGCGAGGAGAGCCAGCCACAGCAGAACCAGCUUCUGCUGCAGCAGCAACAGCUGAUCCUACAGCAGCUGGCCCAGCCACCGAGUCAGUCCGGCUGUUUCGGAAUGGGCGACCAGCCCCAAGCACAGCCUAUGCAAAUGCAGCUGCAACAACCCCAGUCUCAGCAGCUUCAAAUGCGGCCACUCCCUAACAACACCUUUCAGGGAAACUUGCCGGACAACUUUCAGGAGCUCUCCUUGCCACAGCUCCAACUUCAGGAGAGGCCGCUGGAGGAGAAGAGACUCGGAUCUUCGGGGCCGCCGCUGAACUUCCCUCCCAGCAUCUGUGGUGGUGGGCGGUCGCCGGAGUUGGGGAUAUUUCAGCAGUCGCGCGAAGAGAAUGUCGCUGGAAAUAGUGUGACCAACGGGCUCUUCAUGGACGACUUGCACAGCCUCGAUGCAGGCUUCCCCAGGCGGCCCGAGGCUGGCAAAGGCUUCAACUCGGACCAUUUGAACGGCAAUUUUGAUCUUCGCGUCGGCGUGCUGGGUCAAGGGGUUAACCCUGGCCAAAUCAGAGAGAUCUUCAGGCUUAAGGGCCUGGAGAUUCGCUCGAUCGACAUGCAGAGGCUAGGGAAAGGCAUGGCCUUAGUGGCCUUGGCAGAUCCGUCGAAGGCGCGUCGGGCCGUGGAGGAGCUGAACGGUUUCAACAUCGACGGCCGCAUACUAACCGUGGAGUUCAUAGACGAACGCGCGGCUGUGGCCGGUAAGGGAGAGCUGCGCGGCUUUCAGCCAGGCGGACCCCAGAAAGGAGGAGGUAAGCCCGGCCUUGGCAAAGGCUCCAAAGAGAGUUGGGACAAAGGUGCCGCCUUCGUUGGCACAGGGCCAAGCUCUAGCUCGAAAGGAGCAGAGAAGGGCGGCGAUCCAGGUGGAAAGAAGGGUCCUGGGAAGGGCAAGGCCAACAAUAAAGGAGAGACAGGUUUCACGACCUCAGGCGUUGGCAAAAUGAGAUAUGGAAACAGUCCAAAUAAGCUUUUCAUCGGGAAUCUUUCGACGGAGGUCUCCAGCGACGAUUUGAUCGAGGCACUGAAGCCGGCUGGUGAGGUGUUGGGAAUACGUCUACGCCAAGGCAAGUAUUCCAGCAUCGCUUUUGCGGAGUUCAAGCACCCAGGAUGCGUUGACCUUGCGGUUCGGACGCUACAGGGCCUCGCAAUCAAGGGGCGGCCAGCAAGGAUGGAGCACCAGUCCAGCAAGAACGAGCGCAUGGGCGAUGGAGACGAGCCUGGCCUGGAAGGCGGCCCGAGUAAGGGAGGAAAGGGCGGCGGCCGAGGGAAGGGCCGGGGCGGCGGCGACCGCUCUGGCGACCGCAAUCCCGCUCCGCGAGGUAUCCUCCAGCCGGGCCCGCUGCCUCCGGGUCCAAUGGCUGGCAAUCUGCCGCCUCGACUUCCUUCGGGGAUGGUUGCCAAACCAGAAGCUGCACAACCUGGCAGUAAGCCAGCCCCAAAAGUUGGCCUCACGCCGGGCAUUCAGCUGUAA